AUGAAUCAGCAGUGGCAUAAGCAAGCAGCUAAAGCCCUCCUCCAGGACAGCGCUCGUAAACAGAGAGCGCAAGAGUUGUUUGAGGCUGGUCUUUUGUUUGACCUUGGCAAGCUGAUUCAUGACACACCCGUUUCUUCAGCUUCCACUCCACAGUCUGGUGGUAAAGGUACUGGCAAAGGCAAAGGCAAGUCCCGGCCCUCUACUCGCACUCCCUGGGCUGAUCUCACCCCGAGACCUGCCUCCAUCUUUGAAGAUGGAGCCAAGAAUCCGCUCUCUGUUAUUUCCAUUAAAGUCGCUCAUGCUGCCGCCAAAGGUGUUUUCUUGGCUGGCGUUGGGGAGUUUGAGUCCUUCCUUGACAUAACCAGCAAUUCCCCGUUGGCCAUGCUUGUGCCACAGACUCCCAAAGUCCGUUCGAUUUUGCAAUCUCGUGGCGUUGCAUUUGCCGAGCGCCUUGUUGCUCUUCAUGACCCGAAUUCCGACAUCACGACUCCGAAGCCAGUCUUCCUGAUCACGCUAGGUGGAUCUGUUGUUUUUGCCGAGGCUACACCGGAUGCUCAGUUCGAGGUUCCGGUACCUACAGUUGAGGUUGCUAUUGACAUUGAAAUCGAUUGCAUUGACCCCUGCAUGCAGCGAGAAGUUGACAAAAAUGCGCGCUACGCAUUUAAGCAAAUAGUGCACGCUGCCUUCUCUGAACAGAUUGUCUCGGAGUGCUACUCUGUUUUUGUUCGUGCUUCGGUCCUGCAGGGCAUCAUCAAGAUCCCAGUUUCUCAAUUGAUCAAUGUCCUACGUCGCUCAGGCCCUGAUGGUAUUUUUGCUAAAGAGAAGUGGCGGGCGCAACCCGUUCAACUCCCUUUGGCCCUGAUCCACCAAUCACAGUUGCGCGAGAAGAACUGGGAUACUGCAGUCAAAGCUGCUUCUGAGCUCUCCGGUUUCGCUGGAAUCCACCGCAGUGCUACAGGUUCAAAAAGCCUUCGUUUUGACGACAAGGGUAUCGCCAAGGCUCGUGAGGUAUUGUGUGUCUCAGGACUCUACUCUGAUGACAACAUUAGUGUUGUUGCCACACAUUUCUUUCAGGUUCAAGGCAUUCCAAGCGGAACCACUGCUGCUGCUCUUUGUGCCGGUUUGCGUCAGUGGGGAUGGACUGUCAUCCCUGUCAAAAGCUGGCCACUGUCCCCCACGCAUGCAAUCUGGCUUGUUGGUUCGGCCACCGAGCCUCCAGGGGAGUUCCUGAUUUUGCAGGACGUUACUGUUACAGUUGUCAAGGACGGCCCUUCCACUCGCCAAUCCACUACUCCUUCUAAGUCUGUCCCGGUUGACCCCUUGCAGGUCCAAACUGUUGUCGAGUCGCGCAUCGUCGAUGCUGAAAAGCGCCUUGCAGAUCAAAUGCAGUCCAUGCUUACUUCUGCGCGCCUUGAGUUUCAAGAGCAACUUGAUAAAUUGCGUCAGGACCAAGCCUCUGUGAUGCAAAUGCCUGGCCCUCAGACGGACGUUGAUGCUCGCAUCACCAGUGCAGAGCAACGCAUCACUGAUCAGAUGCAGACCACAUUUCAGUCCAUGCGUCAGGAGUUUGGGCAGCAGUGCGAAACUUUGCGUCAGGAGCAAGCUUCCUCUAGCAAGCUCCUUGCUGACACUGUUAGCCACGUGCGCCACAUCGAGGCUAAUGUUGUUAGUCAAGUUCAAGACUUGAAAACACAACAGGCUGGCACGGAAGAGCGGUUGCUUGCAGCCAUUGCUUCCAGUGGCGCCAAGCCUAGCCCAUCCCGCAAAGCUCCCCGCGCCACUUAG